AUACUAUACUAGUACUAGCAUUAUAAGACACGUUCCUUGAGAUUCACUUUCUCAGUUUCUCUCUCUCACUUUCCUAUGUUUUCACAUCCAAUCCAAUAUAUAUAAAUAUAAUUUCUUCUUCAUCAAUCUUGUAUCCUCUGCUGCAGAUGCUAUAUACUGUAUAGUACUUUCUUUAUUUCUUAAAUAAACUUCCACAGAAAAACAACAUGUCUUCAACAGUUUCAGGUUUGUUAACAAACAUGUUAGACAGAUUACUAACAACAGCUUUUCACAACAUUUCAAUGGCAAAAGGUCUUCACAAUGAUGUAACAAAUCUUCAAAACACUCUCACAAUCAUCAAUGCUUUCAUUCUUGAUGCUGAAAACAAACAAACACAAAGUAACUCUAUUUCUCUUUGGCUUCACCAACUCAAAUAUACUUUAUUUGAUGCUAGUGAUAUUCUUGAUGAGAUUGAAUGUGAAUCUUUGAGGAAUCAAGUUGUUAAAGCCAAUGGAAACUUCAAUACUAAGGUACAACGUUAUUUAUCAUUUUCUAGUAACCCUUUUGCAUUUCGUGUUAAGAUGGCUAAUAAGAUUAAAGAUAUUAAUCAUAAGAUAGAUGAGAUUUGUUCUCUUAGGAUGAAAUUGGGAUUAUCAGUAUCAGAAAAUCAUGCUAGUGGAAGUGGAAAUAGUAGUACUAGGCUUAGGAGAGAGACUCAUUCUUAUGUUAAGUCUUCUCAUGUGAUUGGUAGAGAUGAAGAGAAAGAAAAGAUUAUUAGGUUUUUGAUGGAACCACCAUUAGGGAAUGAUGAUGAUGAGAUUGAUGUUAUUCCAAUUGUUGGGAUUGGUGGGUUGGGAAAAACUACACUUGCUCAGUUAGUUUAUAAUGAUGAUAGGGUGAUUGAGUUGUUCGAGUUGCGUAUGUGGGUGUAUGUUUCUGAUGAGUUUGAUGUUAAGAGGUUAGUUUCGGAGAUUCUUAAAGCGAUGCAUGGAAUGGAAGUAGAUGCUCAGACGCAUAGUUUUGAUCAAUUGCGAAAUCUGCUUCGCGAAAGAUUAUGGGGGAAGAAGUUUUUACUUGUUUUAGAUGAUGUUUGGAAUGAAGAUUAUAGAGAAUGGCUUGAAUUGAAAAAACUAUUACUAGGGAUGCAAGAUGAUGGAGAUGAUAAACUAGGUAGCAAGAUUGUCACGACCACUCGAAGUGAUAGGGUUGGUUCGAUAAUGGGGAAUGCUUAUAAACACAACUUGAAGUAUCUCCCAGAAGAAGAGUGUAUAAGGCUUUUUAUUAAGUAUGCAUUUUUAUCAGGAGAGGAGAAACGGUACCCGAGGCUUGUGGAAAUUGGGAAGGACAUUGCUAGGAAGUGUAAAGGGUUGCCCCUAGCAGUGGUAAGUUUAGGGUCCUUGCUUUACACUAGACUCGAUGAAAGUGAGUGGAAGAAAAUAAGAGAUAGUCAAAUUUGGAGAGUGAACCCUCGAGAUGAUGAUGGCAUUUUGGCUGCAUUGAAAUUAAGCUAUAAUCACUUGUCAUCUGGAUUGAAACAAUGUUUCUCUUAUUGUUCAAUUUUUCCCAAGGGUUACGAGUAUACUAAUUUGGAGCUGAUUUCUUUUUGGAUGGCGCAUGGAUUACUGCAAACCAGAAAUGAAGACGAGGAACCAGAAGAUAUCGGGGAGUUUUAUAUUCAGGAGCUAGUUUCAAGGUCUUUCUUUGAAUGUGCCUCCGAAGAACAACUCGUUAUAGACGGUCUUAUUUCUGAAGAACUUGAUCUUCUAGGCAUCUCCUUUUUCAAAAUGCACGAUCUUGUUCACGACCUUGGUGUGUUCACAAUGCAAAGUGAAAGGAAAGUAGUAAGCUUUAAUUCAACAAAUGUUCAAGAAAAAGUGCAGCAUUUGUCAUUCUCAGACAGUGGAGAAGGAGUUCCUGCCUUUGGUAAAACGUCGAGUAAGAUUCGAACCAUUGGAUUCUGGCAUGCGUUUCAAAAGGAACUUGCAAUCACCGAUCCGUUUGUUAAAUGGAUCUCCAACAAGUUCAAGUAUCUCAGGGUGUUGAAUAUUCAAGGUUCUGAUUUUCAGUUCUUACCGGACUGUUUCGACAAAAUGAAGCAUUUGAGGUAUCUUGAUCUAAGUUAUUGCCGGAGGUUGGAAAAACUCCCAGAUUCCAUUUGCAAGCUUCAAAGCCUAGAGGUAUUAAAUCUCUGUAAAUGUGUAGCACUUGCAUAUAUUCCCCAAAAAUUGAGGAAUCUUGUCAGCCUUAGGAUUUUGUGGAUUACCAUAACAAUCACUGAUUUAUCUUUCAUAGGCAUUGGGAACUUGAAAAAUCUACAAAUUUUAAUUUUGUGGAAUUGUGAUAAUUUGGUCUCACUUCCACGCGAUUUGAGGCACUUGACUUCUUUAAAGAGACUGACUAUUGAGGCUUGUUAUGAGGUGACUAGUUUUGAGGAUGAAGAGGAAGAAGAUGAAGAAGAAAAUGAAAACUACCCUUUGAAACUUGAACGACUUUCGAUUGACAAAUUAACCAACUUGGCAGUAUUACCUGGUUGGCUUAGAAGAUGCGGUAAAACUUUGAGGUACCUUGGCCUUUCCGAGUGUUCGAGCCUAAUGGCAUUGCCAGAAUGGUUGGUUAAUCUGACAUCACUUGAGACACUUCUAAUUGCUGAUUGUCGAAACUUGGCAUUACCACAGCAUAUGGAUCGUCUUCAAAACCUUCAGAAUUUAAAGAUAUACGGAUGUCCUAAGCUAAUUGAGAGGUGCAAACAAAACACAGGCAGUGACUGGUACAAGAUAGCUCAUAUCCCAAAUGUUGAACUUGGCAGCGAUUAGGAUCACGGACAAUAUAUCAAACACAAUCACCAAACAUCAUGGAGACAGUAGAGAGCUUGAAGUUUGCAUUUCCCAAGUUUCCUACCCCUUGCGUGCGUGAAAUCCCUUCUGUAGCUUUCCUUGCAGUUGCGCAUUGAUCAACCAACCAAGCAAUAACGCAAGCAGCAAAAAUCAACGGAUUCAUAAGUUACUCCUAUUCAUAAUCAACCAAUAAACUAACCAUGUAUUCUGUAUGUGUGCACUCCUACUCAACUAUUUUUAUAAAUUCUUUGAAUUGUAUUUUUUCUCUUUCUUGUAAAAUUAAGGCCAUUUGGUGGGAUAGAGAAGGUAGGAAAAGGGUAAGAUAUUCUGUAUUAUUAUAAUAUCUUGCUAUUCAUUGGUGUACAUUUUAUCUCCUGUCAAGUGUACAUUUUAUCUCAUGGAGAGUUUGAUUAGAAAUGAUGAUGAUAUGAUACUGAUUGCAAC